ACGAGACAUAUUCUCAGGCAGUAGCGGUCCGUCCCGAUUAUCGUCCCACCCGUGCAGCCACAAGUGUCAAUAACCGUCCCUUUGUACCUCAUCCCGUGGAGAUCUGACCCGAGCCGGCUGAUUGAUAACCAAUCAUGAAAAUGACUGUGGGAAGCAAACGCCUCAUAAUCUCCGACGCAAUAAUUAUGUAAACCUCACCCCCACGCAUUCAACUGCCGACCCCGCUGCGAGAUCGGACUUUGAUCUCUUCUUGAUAACGCGGCAUUUCUCAGUGCAAAGACGUCCUCGGCACUUCAAGACAUUGAGCGACUCGGAUUCGAGAAAAAUGGCAUCAUCAACUCCGUCUUUGUUGGCCUCCAAGGCUACGCUGGCCAAUGGCAUCACAAUCCCUCGCGUGCAGCUGGGCCUGUACAUGAUGUCAACCAAGGAGGCUACCGAGGCAGUCCGUCUAGGAUUGCUCAGUGGCUACCGAGGCUUCGACUGCGCUCAGAUGUACCGCAACGAGCGUCAAGCCGGCAAGGCCAUCAGCGACUUUCUCGGUAGCAGCGAGAACACAACUGGCUUGAAGCGCGAGGACAUUUUCUACACCUCCAAGCUUGCCAGUUGCGAUGAGUCGUAUGAUGCUGUUCGACGAUCCAUCAAGAAGUCUGUGGAUGAGUCCGGCCUGGGCUACAUCGACCUCUUCCUCCUGCACAGUCCCUAUGGCGGCAAGCAGGCCAGACUCACCAGCUGGAAGGCCCUCGAGGAUGCUAUUGACGCCGGCGAGAUCCGGUCGGGUGGUGUCAGCAACUAUGGUUCUGCUCAUAUCGAGGAGUUGAUUGCUUCGAACCCUCGCAUCCCACCUGUCAUCAACCAGAUCGAGGUUCACCCCUUCAACACCCAAACCGACAUCAGGGCCACCUGCGCUAAGCACAACAUCACCAUCGAGGCUUAUGCUCCUCUCGCUCGCGCUAUGCGCAUGAGUGAUCCCACCAUCAUGGGCCUCGCCAAGAAGUACUCGGUCACAGUGGCCCAAAUCUUUGUCAAGUGGGGUCUUCAACACGGUUUCGUCACCUUGCCCAAGAGCACUAAGCAGGCCCGUAUGCUUGAGAAUGCCAGUGUCGAUGGCUUCGAGAUCUCGGAAAGUGAUAUGGCCAUCUUGGAUGCUCUCGAUGAGCACUUGGUAACUGACUGGGAUCCUACCGAUGCUCCGUAAGUGUGGAAUAAUCUCGUGAGACGGGGAUGCCAAAAGUGCUUUUACAAUCAGGGCAUAGUAUUACUCGCCUAUCAAUACCAAAUUGUUGCAUAGAUGCCGAGGGUUUGCCUUC